AUGGCUAACGUUGAUGACAAAAGAAACUCAGAUGUGAAAAUAGAGGAAGGACAAAAGAGUGGAAUAGAUUUAGACACGAUUCUAGUGGAGGAGAUAGGACAGUUCGGAUGGUUCCAGAUAAAAGUCGUACUGCUUACAAUAAUAAUCGUCAUAUUUGCAUCAUGGGGUGCUAAUGAAUACAUUUUCACCACUGCCAGAAUCAGCACCAGAUGUUACAUCCCAGAAUGCGACGACCAAGCACCCGACCUCCAGUUCUCCCCCGGCUGGGCGCUGAACGUGUUUCCGAGCACCGGCGGCAGUUCCUACGACGGCUGCCAACGUUUCGGAAACGUCACCGUGCUGCCCCCCUCUAAUGAAUUCUGCCCAGCGACCUGGUUCAACAGGAACGACCUGAGGGAUUGCGAGUCACACAUCUACCAGAACACCGACACGGUCGUCUACGAUUAUGAUCUGGCGUGCGAUGACUGGCGUCGUUCCCUCAUCGGCUCCAUCAGGACGUUCGGAACGCUGACGGCACUUCCAAUCACUGGUUUCGUAUCGGACCGCUGGGGCCGCCGCACCGCACUCACCCUCAACGCCUUCAACACCGCAUGGAUCGGCGCGCUCAGAUACUUCGCGGACACUUACGCCGGAUUCAUCAUAUCAGAAUUCGCCGAAUCCACUUUCGGAUCCGGAGGGUUUUCCACUGCUUACAUCCUCGUAAUGGAGGUCGUCGGUCCUAAGUUUCGCGUACUGUCUGGCGCCAGCAUGAAUACAUUCUUCUCCGUGGGGCAGAUCACGAUGGGGCUAAUCGCGUGGGGAGUUCCCAACUGGAAGAACCUCACUCUAGCACUUUACAUCCCUCAACUACUCACCAUCCUCUAUUUCUGGCUCAUGACCGAGUCUGUACGGUGGUACAUGAGCAAAGGCCGUUACGACGAAGCCGGAGGUGUACUCAAAACAAUCGCUCGAGUGAACAAGACGCAGCUAUCAGACAAAUCUCUCGAAGCUUUGCAGUACAACGCAGAAGAGGAACGUAGAAAGCAAGAGUUGGAAAAGAGUCAAAAGAAGAACGAACCUUGGUUAAUAGUGCUCGUGUUUCGUCACAAGCGAGUGCUUUUGAGAUGCCUGGUGUCUCCUGUGUGGUGGAUAACGACCACCUUCAUAUACUAUGGUCUUUCCAUCAAUGCUGUGAAUAUGACCGGCAAUAGGUACCUGAAUUACAUUGCAGUGUCUGCGGCACAAAUUCCGGGAUAUUGGACUGCUGUACUGCUGCUUGGAAGAGUCGGUAGGAAACCGGUGCUCAUCGUGGCGUUCUGGUUGUGUGCUGCUUGCCAAAUUGGAUAUAUCUUCAUGCCUGAAAAUCAACCCGGCUUGUCUCUGGCCCUGUACCUGAUCGGCACGUACUGCAUCGCGACGGUGAUGACUUCCAUCUACGUGUACACUGCGGAGCUGUACCCCACCAAGUACCGACACAGCCUGUUCGCCUUCUCUUCCAUGAUGGGAAGGAUCGGCUCCAUACUGGCACCGCUUACUCCCGCUCUUGGUUCUGCUGUUUGGGUGAAAUUACCCUUCGUGUUGUUUGCCAGUUUUGCACUUCUGUCUGGUGCUCUUGUCUUCGUCACACCAGAAACGCUGGGCUCCAAGUUCCCUGACACAAUGGAGGAAGCUUCCGAGCUAUGA